AUGAAAAAGUUCCACUUCAAACAAGGGCCCUUCAAUGUAACAGGCCUCUGCUUGGCCAUCAUAGGUUUUGUACUGGUCAUGCUUUGUCUAGUAGGUUGUCAAACACCAAGUGGUCGGGGACUUUACUUUGCAAAGGUAACAGAUGCACAGACACCUGCAGAUGGAAACUCUGUUUCUGUGUACUAUGGUUGGCAAGGAUAUUGUAUAGAAGAUGUCAAGCUGGAGUGCUAUAGUGAUAGAAGCAUCAUGAUCGUGCCCUUUGACACAGCCAUUGUCAGCCAGUUGAACAGUACUUAUCCUCGCCUCUUUACGGACGAAAUCCAACAAGAUGCAGACCUGAAUCCUGGAGCAGCACCUAAUCCAUCGCACGACCCCAAGAUAUUCCCAGCGGCAGUGCUCUGUCUGCUAUGUUCAUCAGCAUGUCUUGUCUUCUGCUUCUACAGAGUACUGACACCGCACAAAUACCAGGACGAGCACUACACACGAGGCUUUUUGGCUAGUGGAUCAGCCAUUUUAGCAUUGCUGUUGACGAUCUUAUCCAAUGUCAUGUAUCAAGACGCUGUGGAACAGCUCAACAUGACAUACCCACACUUGAUCGCUUCGACUGGACCUUGCAUGCCUAUGAUUGGAUGUAGCUUUGCUGCCUUUUUUCUCGCCAGUUACUUCUUGUUACGAGGCUGCAUGAGCAUGGAAUCAUCCAGCACAGAUGGAUACAAUCCCAUUUAG